AUGAAGCGCAACUUGGCUUUGCUCCUGUCCGUGCUGGUGCUGUUGAUGGCAGGCGGCUGCACGAACGCUCAAGGACCUCCACCACCUAGCGGCGGCGCUGGGGCUGGUGCAGGAGCUGGGAUGAGCAUCGGUGCUGGCCUAGGUGGCGGUGCAGGUGGCGGAGGUGACAGCGGAGCUACCGGUGGUGCAUCGUUCGGCGCAGGAUUCAGCGUUGGCGCCGGCGGUGGCGGUGGCGGACAAGGCGGCGCUGGUGCGGGCAGGCGCUAA